AUGUGUGUGUGUGCGCGCCCAUCUCCCCCCCGCCUCGCAAAAGUUUGCCUCGGCGGCCGGGGGGCUCCCGGGCCGCCGCCCCCGCAUCUGGGGGGCGCGGCGGCGGCGCGGCGGCGCGGCGGCGGCGCGGGACUUGCGCGCUGCGCGGGACUUGCGCGCCGCGCCAUGCCGGCGGCGCAGGGGGCUGCGCGGCGCUGCGCCCUGACGGGGCUGCUACUGCUGCCGCUGCUGCUGCUGCCGCCCGCGGCCGCGGGGGCCGAGAGCAAGGCGCGGAGCUGCGGCGAGGUGCGGCAGGCGUACAGCGCCAAGGGCUUCAGCCUGGCCAGCGUGCCCUACCAGGAGAUCGCAGGGGAACAUUUGAGAAUCUGCCCUCAGGAAUAUACAUGUUGCACCUCAGAAAUGGAGGACAAAUUAAGCCAACAGAGCAAACUGGAGUUUGAAAACUUAGUGGAGGAGACAAGUCACUUUGUACGCACCACUUUUGUAUCCCGGCACAAGAAGUUUGACGAAUUUUUCCGAGAACUUCUGGAGAACGCGGAAAGAUCCUUAAACGACAUGUUUGUCCGGACGUACGGCAUGCUGUACAUGCAGAACUCAGAGGUGUUCCAGGACCUCUUCACAGAGCUGAAGAGGUAUUACACAGGAGGCAACGUGAACUUGGAGGAAAUGUUGAAUGAUUUCUGGGCUCGGCUGCUGGAACGGAUGUUCCAGCUCAUAAACCCCCAGUACCAUUUCACUGAGGACUACUUGGAGUGUGUAAGCAAGUACACAGACCAGCUGAAGCCGUUUGGAGAUGUACCCAGGAAGCUGAAGGUUCAAGUGACUAGAGCGUUCAUUGCUGCACGGACCUUUGUUCAGGGGCUGACAGUAGGCAGAGAGGUUGCAAACAGAGUAUCCAAGGUCAGUCCCACCCCAGGGUGCAUCCGGGCGUUAAUGAAGAUGUUGUACUGCCCUUACUGCAGAGGACUUCCCACUGUGAAACCUUGCAACAACUAUUGCCUCAAUGUAAUGAAGGGCUGCCUAGCAAAUCAGGCUGAUUUGGAUACUGAGUGGAAUCUGUUCAUAGAUGCUAUGCUUCUGGUAGCGGAGAGAUUAGAGGGACCAUUCAACAUUGAAUCAGUCAUGGAUCCUAUCGAUGUCAAGAUUUCUGAAGCCAUCAUGAACAUGCAAGAAAACAGCAUGCAGGUGUCGGCAAAGGUUUUCCAAGGAUGUGGCCAACCUAAACCAGCACCUGCCUUGAGAUCUGCCCGUUCUGUCCCUGAAAAUUUCAACACCCGCUUUAGACCAUAUAACCCAGAGGAGCGACCUACAACUGCUGCUGGCACAAGUUUGGAUAGGCUGAGGACUAUCUGGAGGACAAUGCAACAUGGUGUAACAGACAUUAAAGAAAAGCUAAAGCUCUCUAAAAAGUUCUGGUCAACAUUACCCUACACAAUCUGCAAGGAUGAGCAAGUGACAGCUGGUCCGUCAAUCGAGGAGGACUGCUGGAACGGCCACACCAAGGCGAGAUACUUGCCUGAGAUUAUGAACGAUGGCUUGACCAACCAGAUCAACAAUCCAGAAGUAGAUGUGGACAUCACAAGGCCAGAUACCUUCAUUCGACAACAAAUCAUGGCCUUACGUGUCAUGACUAACAAACUGAAGAACGCGUAUAAUGGAAAUGAUGUCAACUUCCAGGAUACCAGUGACGAAACCAGCGGCUCGGGCAGCGGAAGCGGCUGUACAGAUGACAUCUGUCCCACCGAGUUCGAUUUCGUCACCACCGAAGCACCACCGGUUGACUCCGACAGGAGGGAGGUGGAGGCUUCAGCCACACAGGCUGGCAGGUCACUGCAGACGUUACUCGUCGUCUUCAUCAGUCUCAUACUGCAGAGACAGUGGAGAUAA